GAAAACGUCAGCCUCGCACACUCGAGUCAACAGUUGCCCCAUUCAAUACACAACCUCCUUCUUCACGCUAUCUACAUUUUAGACCCUAUUUUGCUGCAUUGCUAUGAAUGAAUCGCUUUUCAAUCGAUCGCACUUUGCCGAGGUGCCAUCGUGGCGCACAGCAACAAUCUCAAGCUGCAAAUUGACAUAGCGAGCGAGGCUGUAACAUUACCCCCCAGGACCAUCACCAGACAUGUCUGAGCGGAGGACGGUGGAAUCUGGGCCGUCGCGACAUACUCACUCAACGCCGGCGGCAUCAUUCCCAACACACAAUUCGCCCAGGACAUGGUUUCUCACAUCCUCGCUGUCACCGCUAUGCAUCCGCCUGAUCCGGCUCCUGCUCGCUCACGGCGACUACGUGGUGGCCUGUCUUCCGCCACACGAGAUCGAGGAUGAAGACAGGAGCGCCGAGUUCCGAGAGCUGAUCAACGAGUGUAAGAGUAACCGCAAAGACCGAGAAGGCUGGAAGGACCGCCUCCGCCCCCUUCGCUGCGAUGGCCGGAGCAUGGGCCAGUGCGGCGCCGCCAUUGCCGAAGCCGUCCAGGUGUUUGGCCGGAUAGACAUCCUGCUAUGCUGCAAGUCUGAAGCCGUCGUUGCUACAGUCGAGGAGCUCUCGGCCACGCCGGCGACGCGUACUCUGGUGCGCGACCAGUUCGAGACCAUCUUCUUCUCGCAGGUCAACUACAUCAAAGCCUCGCUCCCCCAGUUCCGCGCCCAACACACAGGCCACAUCAUGAUUCUGACCAGCAUCGGAGGCCACAUUGGCACUCCCGGCAUGACCACCUACACAGCCGCCACGUGGGCGCUCGAAGGGUACUGCGACUCACUGGCCUACGAAAUUGCCCCCUUCAACAUCAAGGUCACCAUUGUGCAGCCCAACAAGGAGAUCCAGAGCCUGACCAACAAGAUCAUCUUCGCCCCACAGCUCCCCUUUUACGACAAUGUUGGCGAGUUCAGCAUGGCGCCCAGCAUGCGCGAGAUGCUGGGCAACGUGCUCAACGCGAACCCGGACACGGCCCUGGACCCGUCCGAUCCUGACCAGAUCCAGUACCGGUACCCGCGCCUGCCCGCGGCGGCCUACGACAAGCUGGUCAUGGAGACGGUCCACGCCCUGACGGCCAUUGGCGGGCAUGAGAACCCCCCUGCGAGGCACAUUGUUGGGUUUGAGGGUGCUAUAGCUGUCAAGGAGAAGCUGAAAACGGUGACAGAGGAGCUCGAGGACUUUGUCGAGGCCAGCGUGGCUGUGGAUAUCUUUGAGAGCGAGCUCCAGAAUGAGGCGAGACUGGGCCACUCGGUGAUUGAGGCUGCUGCGCCGAGUGCAGCAUCCGAUGCGUGAUGGUAUGUAUGAAUUAUGGUUUACUAUGCCACCUGCGCCGGCUGGGUAUGUCCUGUGCUUGUAUAUGCGCAUCUUGGAUAUAAGGCUUGGAUGAUUUGAUGAUGGAUGCUUGCUUUAGGUAGUGUAAGACUCUGUGCGGGCCGGUUAAGGGGCUCGAUUCAGGGACCAGGUAAGGGAACAUUGCGAUUACCUAGUGCUACGUUACGGAGUUGUACUGUUGUAGGGGUAGAUUACCGUAAUUUACCGUUACUACGUCCUAGCAGG